AUGUCACAGUUACCAUGUGCAUUACGCAAAGAAGUGCCUCAGGAAGAACGCGACUUGUCUGGAUUAUCGCUUGAAAUACCUAACACAAAAUUUCAAUGCAAGAGACUUAAACGUUUCGCGAAAGAGCCUGCCUGUCCCUCCUGCGGAAACUCAUUCAAAGGCAGGUAUGAUAUCCUGCGCAUAAACUUAAAUCUGAGCGACCAGUACAAAUCAAUGAUCCUUGCUGGUCAACGGCCGGACGUUAUUAUUGACAUCUGUUCUAGAGCUAUUUCAUUUUGGAGCUUCCAGCUUUACCAGGAAAAGCUUUACCAGGAAUGGUUGGUGAAAAAGGCACGUGAAAAUGCCGUUAAAACCGAUCAACAAUACGAACAGACGAUCGCGCAGCUGCGCAACGAGGUCGACUGUCUUCUUGUGAAGUUUCGCAACGUUAAGGAGGAGCUUGACUCCGCACUGAAACGUAACGAAGACCUGGCCGAUAAGUACAAUGAAAAAGUUCGGCGAUGUUUGCAGCUGCACAACAGUUACGAGAUGCUGAAACGCAAGGUCAGCACUCCGUCGUUUUGUUCGAUAGCGGCGAAAACGGCAAAGGGAAGUACUGCUGAGUUCAAAAUACUACAACCAGCAAUGCCGAUUUCUUCUGCAUUAGAAGAACCAACAUUCUCCAGCAGAGUUCAGGACGGCGAUGAAAUGUCGUCACCCUUCAUCGAUUCGCAGCUUCAGGUUUUGCGCGAGGACCUCGCAUCCCUAGACGAAAGCCCACCUCAGUGUUGCUCUAAGCUCAAAACAGCGACAAAGGAUGACUUUGUUCUCCGAGCCGACGGUAUUAUGAAGAGGCGUCACAGGAAUAGAAAUACUAGAGGUGCUGUUGAUUCAUCGAAGUCUUUUUUCACGUAA